AUGCGCAAGCAUGCGCAGCACUUUUGGUCAUCACAUCCUCGUCGACUUUUGGUCCCUUUGUUCUUUGGAAAUUUCACGAAGGCGGGCAAUUCUGCUGCUGCUGCGCAGGGCUGCAAUUUUCAGAGCAACAGAGCAGCACGCGUCAUUCACAGCGAAGCGGAUGUGCUCACUGCGCAGGCUGCCCGCCUACAUCUGCUCAUCAGCCAAGGUUGGUUUACAUGGCGCCUUCUCACAAGGGCACACCUGUCUGAGAUGGACUUUUUGAAGCCUUUGGAAGACAUGGUGGCCCUUUUCUUGCCGCAGUUGCAACACACAUUUGGACAGAAUAUUUUGCAGGUAGCACAAGAAGCAGGCAUGCGCUGCGAUGUGGUGGUCCUCGAUGGCAAUGCCAAGAAUCGGAGGGCUGUGUGUGCAGCAGCUUUGGCCGGUUCCUCCCAUUCUGAGCAUCUCCCGCGCACCUUGCGCCACACCUGCACCAGGAAGCCGGCCUUCCGCCAUGCUUUUUGCCGUUGGCAUUGCGAAGGACCUACGGACGGAGAAGAUCACCUUCAGGUGCAAGGGCUGGGUCAUUGUCAUUUGUGUUGCUUUCUUCUGGCUGAAAGAAUGUGCCCUUGUCUUAGACCCCAACUUCAGGAUGUGGAGAUUGUGCACCACAAGGUGGUCAAUGAUGGGCAGCAGCUUAUGGUUUUGCUGAAAGAGACCAUGGAGCCUCAGAGAGAGGCCUGGGUUUCGGAUGCAUGUGUCCCUGCAGCAGUUUUGUCGAAAUAUGUGCGACAAGUAGGCCAAGAAAAGCUCAAGCCUCGCAAGCGGUCACAUGAGGAUCAGUCGCAAAGCCUUGGCGAAGCAUCUUCUCCAUUGCCAUCAGCUUCUCGGCCUGCGGGGACAAACAGUCCUGCAGACCUGCAGCAGCUCUCAGACUCCACAGACCUCAUGUCGGUCACCUGUUCUACACACAAAGAAAGCACAGCUGCCCAAAAGCAGCUUAAAAAGUCUGCCGGAAUGCUGUGCGCGUGUUUGUCGGACGGUGUAAUCUUGCACAUGCAAGAGAUCUAUGGCUGCGAAUCUCUAAGCCAGCGAUACGUCUGCGUUGCCGCCGUCAAGGCAUUGAUGCCGAAGACUUGUGAUCCGGACCUGCCGGAACAUGCUUCUGUUCUGAAAGGGAUUAGAACAUCAGUGUGCGAGUUUACAUUCACUUGGCUCAGCAAGUAUAAGCACCAAACAAAGCACAUGAAUGAGUAUGGCUUCAAAUUCUUCCUCUUGGACAUGGCGUGGAGCCACAACGAAAUCAUUUUGCAAGGAGGUUAUCGGCCAGAGGAAGUGGCAGGCCACGCAGAAACCCUGGGGCAAGUCAUCCUGAAGGCAGUGGAAUCAAGAUUGGAAGAGAGCUUGCCAGAGCCGGCAGUGCAAGAUGGAUUGCCAGGUGGGCCUUCCGGAGAGCUUCGAAGGUAUUUGCGGCCAAAAAUACUUUUAGCUACAGUGGCCAGCUCCAUGCCAGAAGAAUGGUUUCAUCGUUGCUCCGGAGACUGGGACCAAGUCCGGAACGCGGACAAGUUGCCAGGUGACUUCUUGGGCCGGUGUUGGUACGACAAGGCAAAACCGAAGGUGAACCCGUACCAGAGCGCUUUCAACAAGCUGCUGCAAUUCGGCUCCAGCGUCAGAGAAUGGCGCGAGGCCGGCUUCGCAGAUGCAGGCGUCGUGCAGCUCACGCAAAAUGCUGCCUCGGAGUACGUGCCAUCAGAAGAGGGAUACCCAGUUAGGCUUUUGUAUGGCAAGCUCAGCCGGCUCCGUUUCAAGCGUGACCAAUCCGCUCCAAACGGCUUUGAGGCAGAGUGGAGAGCAGCCAACCGCAACUUUGCCAUUCCUGAGGAAUGUUCCAUUCAUACGGCAGUGGCCCGACUGACGGGAUACUUCUCAGAGCCGCGCCAAGUCAUCACUCUCACUGCGGAAGCAGAGUCGUGGCACUUGUCCUACCAGGGCGCCAUGAAUGUUCAGAGCCAUGUCGUUCGUGAGUCUGGGGACGUGCAAGCUGGUGCUCGUUUUGGUGCAGCUCCUUGGCAAGUAGGCGUCCUGGCAGCCUUGCUCUUGGUAUUCGAGAUCUUCGUUGGGGCCCAUUCCGUUGAAGCUCUUCAAGCAAAAGCUUUGCAGGUCACUUCUCAGCAUUUGCAACGUGCCUACGCUGUUCUCCAGCUCGUUCAGAGGUUGAAGCAGAUUGCACUCGGGGAUGCUGCCACAAGCCCAGACAAUGCCCCGCCGCUGGAACAAGAGGCUUCCUUUGAUGUGGGCUCUCUACGUGUUCCGUAUGAUGAACAUGCUUUUGCAGCUGCAACGCAGCCGCGGAGACCAGUCGAUGAGAGUGAGGAUGAGGAUGAUGAAGGGGACGCGGGAGAAGUUGACAUGGAGCCACCCGAAGAGCCUGCUGAACACAUGGCCCAGCCGCCCCAGCCACCCCAACCCAUGGAUACGGAACCCGCAGCUUUGACUCUGCGAGAUGUUCGUGCCAGUGAUUAUGGUUUUGUUGACAAUGGACUUUCUGUGGGCCUCCGCAGCCGCCACUUGACCAACAGGGCAAUGUUGAAGCAAACGCUUCUGACAGGGAAGCCCAAGGUCACGCGCAAGGAGGCUUGUGACAAGAUGCGCAGCUCCCGACAAGCAGGUCGCAAGGCUUUACCCAAGGAAAAGUGGACUGCUGUGAUGAUGGCAGCUUCCGCGGGGCAGCAUCCAAACCUAUUGCGCCUGGAAGGUGAGACAUUGUGCUUGCAUGCGCAGGUCAUACCUGACACUUCCGAUGGCAAGGUGCGGUACCACAACGAUCUCAUGAAAGCCUGCGGCCUCACCUUGCGGGAGCUGAUCGCAGCCAUGAACAAGACAACUGAGGCAUCUGAGAAGUCCGAGCAAGACCGCCGUGCAAAACGCACCAGGUACAGCGCACAGGCAUCGCCAAACCAUACUUCCGCCACAGCAGAAGUUGCCUCUCUUCAAGGCAAAGAGGCAGCUGCGGUAGACGGCCUGAAGCAGAGCAGCCGUCAAGUGCACGCAGCGCAAGCUCUGGAAGAGUCGGCUGCGCGACCGGUGACCUUCUGCACCGACAAGUCACUGGGGAUGGGGCUCCACAUCGAAGUGCAAGAGAUGAGACGCUGGAACCCGAUUUUCUCGGACCUGGAUCAGGACCUGGAUCAGCCCCGGCAGCCGGGAGAAUUUCCUCCCUGGUUCAAGCACUACAAAAAGGCCGCAGAAGAAACCAAGCAUGGACUCCUCAUUUUGCAGCUGACCGAUUCAUAUUUACAGUCCAAAGCCUGCCGGUGGGAAUUCGGUUACAUACGGAAACCCGAGUUUGUGCACGUCUAUGUGCCCAGUGGCAACAAUUCACCUGGCAGAAUCGUCAAAUGGGAGGAGCUCAUGGAAGAUAUUGAGCUUUGCAAGCAACUCUUCGGAGAGGCUUUGGGCCGCACGUUCCAGGGGAACUUGGAUGCAGAAGAUCCCACAAUUCAAGGCACCUUCAUGCAACUUGAGAAGAUGGCCGAGACUGCAGAGGAACAGGAACACCAGGCGUGGUGCGAGCUACCUUUUCGGCAAUUGGCUUACAACUUUGCCAGGAACACUUUCGGGGAGGAAAGUGCAGACACCAUGUCGAGCGCAGACAAGCUGAUUGCUGUCUUCCUUCAAACUGGAUUUGCAGCCAGGGCCCAACAAAUUGGAAAGGAUUUGUUGGAGAAAAAGGAGAAGAAAUUUGGCAAAGACCACUUAAACGUAGCCAUAACUUUGACAAAUCUGGGCAGUGCGCAUGGAGACCUGGGCAACUACAGGCAGCAGAAGGACCUACUCGAGCGUGCCCUGAGAAUCAAAGAGCAGCACUACGGGAAAGAACAUCCCGAAGUAGCAUUGACUUUGACAAAUCUGGGCAAUGCGCAUGGAAGCUUAGGCGACUCCAGGCAGCAGAAGGACCUGCUCGAGCGUGCCCUGAGAAUCCAUGAGCAGCACUACGGGAAAGAACAUCCCGCAGUAGCCAUUACUUUGACAAAUCUGGGCAAUGCGCAUGGAGACCUGGGCGACUCCAGGCAGAAGAAGGACCUGCUCGAGCGUGCUCUGCGAAUCAAGGAGCAGCACUACGGGAAAGAUCAUCCCGAAGUAGCAGUGACUUUGGGAAAUCUGGGCAAUGCGCAUGGAGACCUGGGCAACUACAGCCAACAGAAGGACCUGCUCGAGCGUGCCCUGAGAAUCAAGGAGCAGCACUACGGGAAAGAUCAUCCCGAAGUAGCAGUGACUUUGGGAAAUCUGGGCAAUGCGCAUGGAGACCUGGGCAACUACAGCCAACAGAAGGACCUGCUCGAGCGUGCACUGGUAAUCAAGGAGCAGCACUACGGGAAAGAUCAUCCCGAAGUAGCAGUGACUUUGGGAAAUCUGGGCAAUGCACAUGGAGGCUUGGGCAACUACAGCCAGCAGAAGGACCUGCUCGAGCCUGCCCUGAGAAUCCUGGAGCAGCACUACGGAAAAGAUCAUCGCGAAGUAGCCAUUACUUUGACAAAUCUGGGCAAUGCGCAUGGAGACCUGGGCGACUCCAGGCAGCAGAAGGACCUGCUCGAGCGUGCCCUGAGAAUCAAGGAGCAGCACUACGGGAAAGAUCAUCCUGAAGUAGCAGUGACUUUGGUGAAUCUGAGCAAUGCGCAUGAAAGCUUAGGCGACUACAGGCAUCAGAAGGACCUCCUCGAGCGUGCCCUGAGAAUCGAGGAGGAGCACUACGGGAAGGGUCAUCCCGAAGUAGCGAUUGUUGUGUUCAAUCUCGGCGUAGCUCAUGACUCUCUGGGAGAUCUUCGCCGAGCAAAGGAGUUGCUGGAGCGUGCUUUCAAGAUCUUUGUGAAACACGGCAGCCCCUAUGCAGAGCAAGCUCAGCGUUGCCUGGCACAGAUGGAGGUGAAGAUGACAGUGAGGCCCUCAGUGAGGCCCUCAGUGCUGAGGGGCCUCGUGGAAGCCGCCCGAAGAACCCUCCAGGACGCGAAGAUUUGCAGAAAGCCUUGGCUCUUUCGUUGGAACCGGUAG